UAUUGAGCAGCCUUGUUGUCCGACCUUCGAAUAGUGACGGAGGUGGUGGCGGAGUCGGUGGAACCAGUGGCGGCCGUGUUGGUCGUGGAAGCGAUUACGAGGCUGCUGUGUUGCCGCCUGCAAGAAAUUAGAUCUUGAGGAGGGCAUUGGGUAAGUGCAGUCUCAGAUCAUGAUUUUGGGAAUUGCUCUUUUUUCCAUGUAAAGACAAUUUAAUUUCGGGGUUAUAAUUUGUGCAAGAAAUUCUGGGUUGCCGAGUGGAGAGCUAUGAUAUCUGCCGUUUCCAUUUUGGGAUUUUAUGGUGUCGGGCUUGGUUGGAGUAAGAUGUGUUAUAAUACCAAUCAUAAUCAAAUCAUGGUGAGGUGAGGGCUUUCUCUUAUGAAAUAGGAGGUGAUCAAAUAAUAAGCUAAAGAGGUGUUGUCCUGCCUUCUAAAGACUAUUGGUAUAGGCUCUAAAACUUAAAGGUGCUUGACCUUGACUCUCUACAGAACUUAAAGAUGGAACUUUUUAUUGUCUAGAUUUCCAUCCAAGGGGCAAGGGGUAAGAUUCUUAUCAUGGAACCGGCUUUGAUUGGGUUGUAACGGUUGAUUAAGGACCAUCUGGACUAUGUGUAGCAACUUCUUGAUCUAUUUUUCUGGUUCAUUAAGGGUUGGUUUCAGGAAAGUUCCAGAUCUUCACAUUUAUUUGUACCUUAUCCUGUGAUCUAGGGUUUUGUAUCAAUAGUAUCAUUGGUGUGAAUUGGUCUACCAAUGGCCAAACAGUUGGUUUAAGUGGAUUCCUCUCAUCUUAAACUCUUUCAAAUUUUGCCAUGGUCAAUGACUGAAGGUAUCAUUGGUCAUUUCUAUAGGAUGUGGCUAGACCACUAAAUUCGGCAGGAAGAUGUUCUUCUGGUAUGAAUUGAAAUCCAUCGGUAUGUUUUGGAAAGCUGUAGAGGAACUGUUGUCCAUGCAAGUAAGAUUUGGAGUGGAUCUCUGAAUUUUCAGAAAUGUAGGAUGGGUGUUGUCUAAUCUGGUUUUUGGAUUCUUCAAUUUCUGUGGGGUUUUUUUUAUGAUGAUUUAUUUUUCCUGUGAACUUGUCGCUGUGGUCGUGCUGAUCCCUCGGGUGUCAUUCAACUGAAGAAUUCUGUAUAUUGGCAUGGGUUGAUAAUGCUGUGUGAUUGUUUUGACUCUAGCUUGUACGUGUUGUUCAUUUAACAUUGGUUUAUUGGUGGACAUCCUUCCUCAUUUCCUGGACUGCACACUGGCUUUUUGGUUUCUUCAAGGCUUGUGGUUUUGGGUGCAAUGUUGUUGGGUUCAUGGAAAAUUGGAAAUAGAUCAUUUAUAGGCGAUAUGUGGGUUUUGCGUGCACUAACACUGCACGUGUGGAAAACAGGACAUUUGUUCAUCACUUCAUUGCAAGUAGCCAUGGUUUUAUCUUAUUUGCUUCUCUUAAAAUUUCUCAUGAUAUGGGUGGUAACAUAUUGAACCUACACGGGCAGUUAUCAUCAGAGCUUUCUAAUUUGUCUGCAUCUUUGCACUUUCUUUUGCUCUGUUCGCAGAGAGGAGAUGAGAUGCCGACAAUGAAUGACAAUGGUUGUCAAUUUUUUUGGUUGGUCCUUUUGCAGUUGUAUCAGGGAAAAAUCUUUGGAGCUAUAUGGUUGUUGUACUUCGAAUGAUUUUCCUGUUAAUUUUCUUAAUAUCUUAUGAACCCACUACCUUCUUCAUUUCAGGAUAUAGAAUACAUGCAGGUUCAGUUUCUCCAGCACGCCGUCGGGAUGUUCAUCGAUACAUUUCUAAUUUUAAUCAUUCUGAUGGUCUCGCCCGAGGUCGUGAAUUUGGUGGUGGGAGGGAUCUUGAUAGAUAUCGUGAUACUUCACCUCACUAUGGUCGAAGAGUAGGUGGUGGUAGGCCAUUUGGGAGAGGUGUUGAUGGCCCUAGACUUGCUCCUGGGCCAUUUCGAGGGGAGCGCAGUAAAAAUAAUCCAAAUGUGCGUCCUAGGGACGGGGAUUGGUAUUGCUCAGAUCCUUUAUGUGACAAUCUAAACUUUGCAAGACGAGAAUUCUGUAACAACUGCAACAGACCUCGCACUGGAGGUGGUGGAAGUCCUCGAAGAGGCUAUGCUGGUCCACCAUCCCUGCAUACUCCUCCUAGACGUUUCGCUGCCCACCCAAUUGAACGUUCUCCUGGCAGGACUCUUAAUGAAUAUAGGUCUCCUCCCCGUAGCUGGGCGAGGGAUGGUUCUAGGGAGAUGGCAGCUGGUGGCCUGGCACCUCCAAGGUAUGAAAGCAGGUAUUCUGAUCACCUGCGGAGAGAUAGGGUGGACUAUCUAGAAGACAGCUUCAGAGGAAGAUCCAAGUUCGAUAGACCACUUCCUUCAGCAGAUUGGGCCCUUAGAGACAAUGGAAGGGAUGACUUCAUCACAGAGAGGAAGGGAUUCGAAAGAAGGCCACCAUCCCCACCAUUGCCGUUGCUUCCUCAGCGUGGACGCUGGUCGCGUGAUGUGAGAGAGAGGAGCCGUUCUCCCAUCAGAGGUCCAAUCAGGUCUCCACUAAGAGUCCCGCUACGGUCUCCAUUAAGUAGCGGCCUUCCACCAAAAGACUUUCGUAGAGAUGUUUUCGGUGAAAGGGAGCGUGAUGAUAGGCGCGGUCUAGGACGAGAUCGUGAGGGAGGUCCAUUUUAGUGUUGAAACUUGGUUACCCAUGUAAUUUUUGGUUAGACAUCAUAGGCACCCUGUAAUGUGUUUAGAACUGUGGAAGGAGGAUGGUAAGAAGAGGGUACUUUAUUUUUCUUGACUGGGUCUAGUGUAUGGAAACUUGCUGAUGGGGUGUUUUAUCUGUUGCUCGUGUGAUUUUCGUGUUUUUACCAUUUUAUGGUGUAGUUAGCAGCCAAGCAGAAAUAGUUGAGUCAAUGCUUUAAAAUACAGUAUCUGUUAACUUCAUUUGUCA